CUUUACGGCAGUCUUUGUGGUUUACGACAAAACCGCCAUUUUGUGUAGUUGAGAGACGGCUAACUAAGACAUUUACACGAGACACGUUGGAGCUUUGAACCUUUAAAAUUAAACCGCUGCUCGGACCCUUUAGAAGCACAUCUUGCUUUGGAGAACUGCCCACUCGGCAUCACCUCAGGUCCAUGGUUUGAUUUCGGUCGAACACCGGAGGAGAGAAGAAGUGAAAGAUGACACAGUUUCUACCGCCGAACUUGCUGGCCCUGUUCGCACCACGGGACCCGAUACCCUUCCUGCCGCAGCUGGAGAAGUUGCCCCAUGAGAAGCAUCACAACCAACCGUACUGCGGCAUCGCUCCGUUCAUCCGACACUUUGAGGACCCAAGAGAUGCCCCCCCACCGACCAGAGCAGAGACCCGGGAGGAGCGCCUGGAGAGGAAGAGGCGGGAAAAGAUCGAGAGACGCCAGACGGUUUUGGAGACAGAACUGAAGCUUUGGGACCCCCAUAAUGACCCAAAUGCACAAGGGGAUGCGUUCAAGACGCUGUUUGUUGCCCGAGUGAACUAUGACACUACGGAGUCCAAGCUUCGUCGUGAGUUUGAAGUCUACGGUCCCAUCAAACGAAUUUAUAUAGUCUACAACAAGAAGACGGCAAAGCCCCGCGGCUAUGCUUUCAUUGAGUAUGAGCAUGAGCGGGACAUGCACUCCGCCUACAAGCACGCGGACGGAAAGAAGAUUGAUGGCAGACGGGUGUUGGUGGACGUGGAACGGGGACGUACUGUCAAAGGAUGGCGUCCUCGCAGGCUGGGCGGGGGCUUAGGAGGCACUAGGAGAGGUGGAGCCGACGUGAACAUCAAGCACUCGGGACGGGAUGAUGCGUCUCGUUAUGAUGAUCGCACCCUGGGGGGUGACCGCAUCGACAGGAGGGAGCGGAGCCGAGAGCGUGAUCGGGACAAGGACAGGGAGCGUCGCAGGUCCCGUUCCCGCGAAAGACGCAGACACUCCCGGGACAGAGAGAGGGAAAGAGAAAGGCCAGUUGGUGCAGGGGAGGAGGGCGGUGGGAGCAGCCGGCGUCGUGAACGGGAGAGGGAACGUGGGGGAGCAGGUGGAGGAGACAGCAGGAGUAGGGAGAGAAGCAGAGACCGGAAAAGGAGAAGCAGGAGCCGGGACCGUAAGAGAGACAGGGAAAGGGGUAAAGGGGUGGACGGGGAGGAAGUGGCCCAGGGAGACGGUCCCCCUGAGGGAACUGAGCGCAUGUUGGAGGAAAAUGAAGGGGAGGUGGCUGAGGCCACAGAGGAGCGCAAAGAGAGGGACAGGGACAGAGACCGAGACCGAGACAGGAGGCGCAGUCACAGGGACAGAGACCGGCGGAGGGAACGAGACAGAGAUAGGGAACACAAGCGGGAGCGUGGGGACAGAGACAGGGGGGAGCGGAGGGAGGAGCGCCACGGGUCCAAUCGAGAAGACAUGGGUCCUCAAGAGGACAUGGGUAAUGAGGAGGACGGCGCUCCGCCAAACAUGGAGGAAUACAGUCAGGAUGGAAUGAUGGAGCAGCAGUCUGCACCGUCAGCUGAUGACUAUGGAUCUGGCGAAAACGGAUACAAGAUGGAGGCACCAGAUGAGUACUAAGCAUGAGGUCCCCAUCCCACAGGAAGUCCCCCUAAACAAGCCCUCCACUUCCUGUCCCAGGCCUCCAGAACCUCCUAAGGAUCCAAACAUUUAGUUAGCUUUCCUUUUUCCGCUCGUAUGGCAACCAUGUUGAGGUCCGCUGAUCGCCCUGCUCGUCGGGGGUGGGGCUUAAAGCCGGAGCCAGGUGUGUUUAGAGGUGUUAGAAGCAGACGUGUUGUGGUGGAGCAGCUGAGCCUGUUUUGGUUUUUCAUCUUUUUUUUAUAUCUGCAGGUCAUUUUAAUAAAGAUGUCUUGAUUGUGA